GAUAAAUGACUUUUUGCCGUGUAGUAAGUUAAUUAAUGUUGAUUACAAACACUUAAAAUGAACGUUCAAGAACAAACAGUUCCUAGCGAUAACCCGAACGAUUACUGUCGGCUCUGCUUCUCGGACCGCAACUUGGUGUCACUUUUUCCAUGCGAUGCCCAGCCAAGACAGUUCCUGCUGGACCAAAUUUCACAGUGUACCGGAAUACGAGUCGAGGAAGUUGAAAAUCAUCCUCGUUCAAUUUGCUGGAGAUGUGCAGUGGCGUUGGAAGACUUCCAACUGUUCCGGCAGCGGAGUCUGGCACACGAUGUUAUCAUUAGAAAAAAGUAUUCAACGUCAACCGUGAACGUUACUGAGGGGAACACGAAGUGGAUCAUAUCAAUCCCGGUACCAGAACCUUCAUCAAUUGAUUGUGAAGAAGUGGAGGAAGAUGACAAAUCACUCAUAGAGCCAAUGGAAUCGGAUUCAAGUGCUAUAUAUGGAGGAUUCUCCAGUACAAAAAUGAACGAAUUGAACAUGGGCGAAUCUCAUUCCACGAAAUCUACUACUUGCCACCUGUGUAAGCAUGAUUUCGUUUCACGGCAAUCACUUUACGCACACUUCAAAGAACAACACUCAGAUCGUGGGCGACCCCACAAAUGCGAUCUGUGCCAAGCAUCUUUCAAGCGUAGAAGUCAUUUGGAGGAUCACGUGUCGUCCCAUACUGGAGAGGUCCGAUAUAAUUGUAAGGACUGCGGAGCAAAAUACGCCAAGUCGAAAUCGCUUAUGCGCCAUCGCAAAUUGGCCCAUUCGACAUUGCCGUUAACAAUUAAGACAGUUAACAAACCAGGUCUAACUAACGGUGAGUUCAAGUGCAAAUAUUGCCCAAAAUCAUUCAAGCAUCGCCCAUCGUUGAACUUCCACAUCAAAUCCCAUUAUGACAUGUUGCCACACGUGUGUGAAUUCUGUGAUGCUCGUUUUGCCAAUGAGAAAGGAAAACAGGUGCACAAGGGUAAAUAUCAUCCAGCUGAUGUAUUUAGAGCAGUACCGCCAUCUUCCAAGGAGCCACAGAAGGUUAUCCAAUGUACUUUGUGUCCCCGUUACUUUGAACAACGUCGCUAUUUGACACAACACAUGAAAUUUAUACAUCCCAACUAUUCCGACGAAAGGCACAAAACUGUAGAAGAUACACAGGUGGCUGAACAACAAUCUAGCCAGCAAGAAACUGACGGCUUGAACCAGGUGGACGAUGGAAUGCAACCGGUGACGAUAAAGUUCGAAGUGGAGGAAAACGGUUCAAUGAAUGGAGCUGAUAUUGAUCAUUCCAAGUGAUUUGGAAAAACGUAUUACCCAUGCCAUAACGUAUAUUAUAUUUCGAAAUCAGAAUG